UUUCAGAUUUUUAAAAUGCUCCUCGAAACUGUGUUGUUAUGGGAUAUAUAGAUUGCUGGAAGAAAAAGGAUAAAGAUGUUGAUGAAUAUAGUUCUUCUCUCCUUUUUGGGAUUAUCCACAGGAUUGGAGCUUCAACUGUUUUCUGACUCCCCCGUUGUUCUUGACGCUCCUAUAACCUUCACAGGAGUAUUAAGUGGAGCGGACCCAGAUGAAUUAUACAGAUGGAAGUGGACAGAUGAUACCAGUCCGGGGCACACCAACACAUCUGAUCAUAAGGGAACAGAAACCAUUCGGAACUUUACAGUUACCUAUCCGACAGAUCAGUACGAUCAGAUGAAGUCUACCAUGAAACUGGUUUUGUUUAAAUUCAAUAUUUUCUACUGGGAGACAGAAGCAAUCGCCAACGUGCAUUUUGAAGUGACGCGGUCGUUAUCAGGUCGUCUUCUUGUCAAACAGAACGGACAGCAGUCAGAGUCUAUGGAUGGGAACAGUGUUAUUAACAGUUUGAGCAACACAGAGAUCGUGAUUGAUUUUCAUGAUCCUUCAAAUUUUCUGGAGAAAGCAUCGCAAAUCAAAUACUUUUGGUUUAUCGAUACCGUACUCUACGGACAGACAAAUAAGGGUGUAUUCAGCUACAACUUUUCUACUCCUGGCGAAUACGAAGUAGAGACCAACGUUAUCGCCGAUUUUAAUUCGUCCAGCCGAAAUCAUUCCCUCGCCUCCGUCAAUCGCAAAGUUUUUGAUCAGAGAGGUGAAGGUGUAAAAAUGGGAAUAUUCCAGAAGAAGAUUGUCUCUAAAGCUCCAAUAAAAAAUCUCACAGUGGCUGGACAGAAAACACUUAAACAUGGCCAACUGGUUGACCUACAGAUAGCUUGUGAUGGUACAGGACCCUGGCUCUUCUGUUGGAAGAUAGUGGCGAAAGGGUAUAAUAUUACAGGAAACGAGACAUGCUCGGACCCUCAAUACAGGAAAGUGUGUGAUUUCUCGAUCAUGUGGUAUUUCAAGUCUUCCGACACUUAUAAUCUUCUUGUCAUUGUAUCCAACGAUGUUUCCAGCCAUUUAGAGGUUGUUUCAGUCACAAUAUAUGAAGUGGCCAGUUCGCUUCCGCUGUCUAUUGUCAUAUUUCCUGUAAUCUCUGCGAUUAUCGCGAUUGUCAUCCUAAUCUCCGGGAUUGGGUUUUACACCUCACUCAAACAUAAUCUGGCCGUAGAGGUGGCAGAUUUUGACUUCAACACUGCUGAGGAGGAGGAACUACAGUUUAAAACAUUCUGGGAGAGAUUGAGAGAUUCAUUCGGAACUGCGUUCACAAGCGGAAGUGACUCUGAGAGUGAUGGAAGUUCUAUUUCCGGACGGAGGUCUGUUCAAAUUCCAGGUCCUUCUGGUUUAGGAUACGGAAGCAUAACUUAGCCAGUCUAGGAUACAUGCCAGUCUCAGGAUACAAUUUAGUACUCGGAUACAAACGUUUCGAACAGAAUCAGGAUUGAAUCUUAAAUAAAAAAAUCUGCGAAACAGAAAUAAAGAAUUCUCGAAAUAUUGGACACUUACUUUAGUGAAUAUCACUCGACAUUUACAAUUUAUAUCCAAUGCUGAUAUCCAGUUGAACUGGAUGUGGAUAUCAACUAGAAUCCUUUAUUUUAAAUCAUUGAUUCAUAACAAGAUGUAUGUCUAUUGUCUAUUAUUAUUUUUUUAAAUCAUUUAUUUAACUUUGAGACUGCAAUGCAAUCACUGUAUAUAAAAGAUGAUGGGGGGGGGGGUAUCAAUUUCA